AUGGCAUCCCUGGCAAGCUCCCGGGCGGCGCUUUAUUGCAAAAGCGACGAGGCGCGCAUCAGCAGAAGCUGUGUGAUGCUCGGCGCGCUGCCCAAGGUCCGGCUGUCGGAGGCUUGCGAGGCCAUCCACGAGAGCCUGGAUGCAACGACGACGAGCGGGCUUAGCGGUGACGGCCUGGCUCGGUUGAUCUGGCUCCUCACGAGGCAGAGGCCAAUGACAAAGCUGUCAGAGCUUCGCGUGGAGUACUUCUAUGAACUCAACAUGAAGCUCAGCAAGAGACACGAGCGGCUGCUCACGACGUCUCAGUCUGGCAACAUGGCAGACGUGCUGAGAGCCCUGCAGGAGCAGGAAGACUGCCUCACAGAUGAGUGGGUCCUUGCGCUUGCAACGGAGUGCGGGUACAAGACGGAAUGGGAUGCAACCUGGGUUGCGGCAAAAAAGAAGGCGAAGAAGGCUGCGCCUCCCUCGUCAACAGGCACCAUGCCAGAGCUUCUGGAGCAAUCCGCGAUGACGGCCAAGGCCAAGCCCAAGGCCAUGACCAGCUUCGUUCCCCCGACGUGGCCGCGUCGAGCUGGCGAGAACAUCCUCCUCCCAGCCGCCAACAAGGCCCCGCCUGCGAAAGCCGGGUUAGGCAGCAGCCGCAGCUCGCCUGCAGUUCCGUCGCCUCCUGUGCCGCAGCUCGCACGCCCUAGGCAGCCACCAAUCAUCGCUAUGUCUCAGACUCAGCCGCCACCCCAGCCCGCGAUGACAUCGACUGUGCCAUCGACUGUGCCAUCGACCAUGCCAUCGACCACGCCAUCCACCAUGCAAUCAAAAGCGGGGCCCCCGCCCCCGCCCCGGUCUGUGGCGGUCACGAUGUCCAACAGGCCUCUUGACAGGGCUCCUGCAACCGCUCUUGCCCUUGAAGAUCAGCCCAAGAAUCUUGCAGGAGCAGGACCAGGACCCGGGUCUGAAACGCAACUGAAGCCACGCAUGUCCAGAAAAGUGUCGCAAACCUCACUGAGGCGAAGUAAUUCUUUGUGGUUUAAUUCAACUGUUUCGCUGGCAGAUGUUUCUUUGUUCAAUCAACAUCUAGCCUACAAGGGCAGUAAUGCUGUAGCCGCUUUGUUGAUUGAUGAGUUCCCGACCGAACAUGACCGAAUUUAUACUAUUUACUAUUAUUGCCCGAGUGCCAACUUGCCAACCCUGACUGUCUGGGUGGUGGGGUUUCGGGUGGAGUUGGGGACCCCCCACCCCUGCCAGCGACGUAGCCUAGCCUGCUAA